GUUCCCGGAGCUCCGCCUCCACUCGGUAAGCGUCGAUCCGCUCCUUCUGCUGCUGCCGCUCCUGGCCCCGGAGCCCGCCGCGGCCUGACAGCGUGGGGCUUGCCCCGGGGGACACGCAACAGGAUAAGUUUUACAGUGUGCAUGAUAUUCAGGACUGGAACAUAAUGGCUUUGCUGCCGUACGAUGGUGCCAUGAUUCCUGGACUCCGGAAGUUCCAUGAACCAUCAGCAACCUUUCACUAUGCCAAGCGAGACAUAGUGAUCAGACAGAAUUGGAAUCAGCUCGGUGUAGCAGCUGUAGUGUGGGAUGCAGCCAUUGUACUUUGCACAUACCUUGAACUGGGAACAAUCCAGCUACAAGACCGCACUGUGAUAGAACUGGGAGCGGGUACCGGAUUAGUUGGAAUAGUUGCAGCAUUGCUAGGUGCCGACGUAACAGUCACUGACAGGGAGGUGGCGUUACAGUUCCUCGAGUCUAAUCUCCAAGAAAACAUUCCCCCUGACCUGCGGACCAAGGCACGAGCCAGGGAGCUGAACUGGGGGGUGAACCUAGACCAGUUCGACCCGGGCAGCUACGAUGUGGUCCUUGGGGCAGACGUGGUUUACCUGGAGGAGGCAUUCCCGGCCCUGCUGGAGACGUUAGAAUAUCUCAGCUCUGAGGAGACUACAAUCCUGCUGUCCUGCCGCAUCCGUUACGAGCGAGACCAGAACUUCUUGCAGAUGCUUGGGAGUCGCUUCGUGGUGGAGAAAGUCCACUACGACACUGAGAAAGAUGUUCAUGUUUACAAGGCACAGAAGAGAAUGGCAAAGGAAGAUCUUUAACACCAGAAUCUAGCCACUGUUGAAGGUCCACAUAGGAAGAGGAGGCCAUUCUUAGUUUUAAAAUUUUCAAUCGAGACCGCCUCCUCUCACUCCCCACUCCUCCACCCAACCUCCACAUGGUUUAAGAGCGACAGAGUUUUGUACUUCCACUGGCUGUUUGUGUGAAGAAGUACUUUUUGACAUUACCCUUGAAUGGUCUAGCUCUAGUUUUAGGCUUAUGCCCCCUUGUUCUGGUCUUGCUCACCAGUGGUUUCUCUCUAUCGACCCUAUCACAUCCCUUUUUAAUCAUCCAAAUUAGAUCAUCUUUCCUACUCAGGGGAAUGCAAAUCUCAUCUAUGCAACUUGCCCACACCUAAUUGAACCCACUUGGUUUAGUUGUGCCAUAUCCCUUCAAAGGCCAGUCUGUUCUUCCUGAGGAACAGUUCCUGGAAGUGGAAGAGGCAGUCUGCCUGACCAGCAUUCUUCUCAGCUGUAAAGUCAUUUCCACCCGUUAGUAAUCCAGCAUCUUGAGACAAAGGCCUACAUUCCAUUAGAUAUUUGCAUUCUUUUUUAUAUGUAUCCCUAGCCUUUACUGAUUUCUCUCAACUUGGAUCCACCAAAUCUCACUGAUUCUCAACUCUUCCCCAGUUUUUCGCUGUUUAGAAAAAAAGAUUCAGGUCUAUCUUUCUUAGGUUGAAAGUUAGUGACACCACACUUCUGAGAUCUAGUCUCAACUUUUGUGUUCAAGGAGGUCCACGUGAGCAAGUCUAAUAAAGACAUAGUUAUGUUUAA